AUGAGUCUACACCCUCUCGUACGGAAUGACCGCAUCCAGUCCUUCAAGGCCGCCUUUGCCGGGGCUCCAGAGUUAGUUGUAGUCUCACCAGUCAACUGUAUGUUCGACAUCCAAGACGUGAAGUCCUACGAAGUACUCAUGGCCGAAUCCCGACCCAAUAUCUCGUGUGCCAUGAGGUUCUCAGAACCUCCUGUAUCUAUUCAAGCCCGCGACUUUCUAUGCCAGGAAGUUCGUCGCUUCCUUCCGAUGAAUCCGGACGAGGGCGUACUUCCCCUGAGGGUAGACCAACCUGAUCACGAAGAAGAACAGUGGCUACAGGACCGCGAAGGUGAUUUCAAUAGUCUGCACGAAAAUCCUGCACUUGCGAAGCAGAAGAUGUCCAACCUAUGCAAUGCUGCAUGUUCGGCCCUUGGAGCGGCGAAGCGACUCACUGACGAUCGCCAGUCCCAUUGGGUUACGGCCACCGUUCCCAACAAAUUCGCCUACCCCAUCCUGCUCCAGUUUCGCUUAACAGACAUGGCCUGCGAGGCAGGAUGGACCUAUAAUCGCCCCAUCGCGCUCCUUAUAGGAGGAUCGCCACAAGUCUCACACGCGACGGUUCGAUCUGUGGAGGUAAGGGCGCAAGAAAAACUUUUAAUCGUCACCGUAUCGGCCUUUCCCUGGUCGCAUAACGCUAUCGCACGUAACGUCGAGCUCUUCUGCAGAAAUCUCGACGUCACUACGGUUGUAGACGUUUGCGUCCGCUUAUGCAAGCCUUUCGCCGCGUCCAACCCCGUGUAUGACAUCAUAUCGCGCUACAGCGUGUAUGAGCGGCUAGCGCCAGGAACUUCGGGUGACAGCGUAGUGAAUGUCGGAUACGGCAUUGGCCCACUCGCGUGCGCUGGAGCAAAUGACCCGGUCCUAUACGAUCCUAAUGACGCGCUCCUUUUCUGCACCCUCAAUGGCAGACGCAUUGAGCUCACACCGGAUCAGCAACUGGCCACCGCCCUCGGCCUCAGCCGCCUUCCG